CUCUGUAGCGCCGGGGAGUCAAUCUGCAAAACAAGCGAACCGUUCACACGGAAAAAGAGCGCCGUCGUCACAGAGCUGUCGCACAGGCGUCGCCGCCACACCUGGAUAGAUUGUGCAACGGAAUCAUUCUCCCUCCGGUUCUCAGAAUCCGAUGGACCGAUUCGUUCUUACGCAUUGCCGCUGGAAAUAUCUACCUGUGCCUUCCCGAGGCUAAUAUCUUGACGUUUUGGCGAUUGCAGACCACCUGUUCGAUAAAAGGCGCCACCCAGAUCGAACGGAUAUGGCCGCGAAGACUCUGUUUAAAUGGUCGAACAAAAUCACUACAUCGCAGGUCGAGCAACUGAUACGGAACGAGAAGGACGUGCAGAAGGCACUGCGGAUAUUCGACUCCGCCACCGCCGAGUACAGCAAUGGGUACAAGCACGACUGCUCCACUUUUCAUGCAAUGAUCUCCAAGUUAGUAUCCGCGAACCAAUUCAAGGCGGCGGAGGAUAUGCUGAGCAGAAUGAAGGUGGAGAAGUGUCGAAUCACGGAAGACGUUUUUAUGUCGAUUUGCAGGGCGUAUGGUCGGGUUCACAUGCCAGAGGAAGCCAUCAGGGUUUUCCGUGCGAUGGACGGAUUCGAUUGCAUACCGACGGAGAGGUCCUUCGUCACCGUGCUCUCGGUCCUCGUGGACGAGGGCCGGGUGAAGGAGGCCAUUAGCUUUUAUGGGCAUAUGCGGGGGAUAGGCAUUCCACCUAGCGUUGUUUCUCUCAACAUUAUUAUUAAAGCUCUUUGCAAGAACAUUGAUACCGUCGACGCUGCUUUGAAGAUAUUCCGUGAGAUGCCAGGUCGCGGUUGUGUUCCUGAUUUGUAUACUUAUGGCACAAUGAUCAAUGGGUUGUGUAUGUUUGAUCGGAUAUCUGAAGCAAAGGAAUUGUUCCAAGAGAUGGAGGGAAAGGGCUGUUCACCUUCUGUUAUCACCUAUACUUGUUUGAUAAAGGGUUUGUGUCAGUCUGAGAAGGUAGAUGAGGCCAUGGGAUUGUUUGAGAAGAUGAAGACCAACGGUGUUGAGCCAAAUGUGUUUACUUACAGUUCUCUAAUGAAUGGUCUUUGUAAGAAUGGCCGAUCAAAGCAAGCCUUGGAGUUACUGGACUUGAUGUUUGGGAAACGUGUUAAGCCUAAUACGAUAAUUUAUACCACAUUGAUCACCGGGCUCUGCAAGGAAGGGAAGGUUUCAGAGGCUGUGGCGAUUCUUGACAAAAUGAAGAUGCAGGACUUGAAACCAGAUGCAGGACUUUAUGGGAAGGUUAUAAUCGAGUUAUGUGGUUUGGAAAGGUUUCAAGAGGCUGCAAACUUCCUCGAUGAGAUGGUCCUUGAAAGAAUAACGCCAAGCCGGCUUACCUGGAGCCUUCACAUCAAGAUAAAUAAUAUAGUAGUGAAAGGCCUUUGUGCAGAUGGUGACCCAAAUCGAGCAUUUAGAUUGUACUUAAGUAUGAGGACUAGAGGCAUAUCGGUUGAAGUUGAGACUUCCCAUGAGCUUCUCAAGUCUUUCUCCGAGAAAGGGGAUUUGCAAAAAGCCGAUCGCAUUGUAGAUGAUAUGGCAACUGAUGGUUGUGCUCCUGAUGAAGGAUUGUGGAACACAAUGGUGGGUGGAUUCUGGGAUCGGAGAAAGGCACGUGCAGCUUUAGAGUCGGUAUUGAAUGAUUAGAUGGGUUAUUGUCGUGAUUAGCUUUGAAUAGGGCAGGUGAGUUCUUGAUCUGUGUUGUCGUACACAUUUGUAGUCUGUAGACCAUUGAUCAACCAUAUCCAUGUCAUUGCUUUAAAUGAUAUUGCAAUGAGAUACGGAUCAAGUACAAGGUUUUCCUCAGAAUUUGAUCAUGCUGGCUUUGAAUCAACUUCUUGCCUUAUUCUUUUUACCUUUUUCUGGAUCAAAAUGAUUAUGUGGUAUUCCCUUCUCAUUUCCUUUACUAGUCAUUAUAAACUACUACCUGCCAUUUUCUAAUGCUUGGUUAGAAUUUAGGACCUAAUCAAUGUAUGCAUAGGUGCUUUCCUCACUAGUUCUGUGCGAAACCCUUAUUAGUGAAACUAUCCUAUGUGCAUGCUAUAGCAUGGUCUCCUUGAUCAAUAAAUGACCACAAAGUCGUCAACAUUGAUAUUGCUACUAUAAUGAUUAACUUGCAGGUGACAUGCUAUGUUUGAUAUAUCCUCGAAAGAGAGCUAAGAAGAAAAUCACAAAAAAUAUUUGAUGGAUCAAGUGGAAGAUUUAUUGUUAUAUCACAUAUUAGAGAGGGGAUAUCCAAUCCCAUGGCGUUUAGUGGGGAAAACUGCAAACAAAGAGCUGCAGAUCCCACUAAUUCCAAUCGGCAAUGCCGUGAGAAGCUUCUGGAUUUGAUCUGAGGGUGCUGGGCAGAAGCACUUUACCAUGUUCUUAUCAAAUAGCACAACCACCGCAAACACAAGCACGGAAAGGAAACCAUGCACAAAAUCCGUCAACCGCAUUCUGUACCUCUCCGCGAAACCCGGUGGGAUGUCGGCAGAAGUGUCGAUGGCCCGUAUGCCCCGGAAGGUGACUAUACCAUGACAAACCUUCGCACUCUUGUCCCUGAAGCUGUCAGUAAAGCACAACAGAAAACACGAUAGCCCACAGACUGCUACAAGGGUGGCGGUCAAGUACAGUCCAGUGGGGUCGCAGUUACCUUCUCUUGUGACGAUGGGUGACAGGAGUUGGAAUGCCAGAACUGUCCCUGUUGGUAAGUGCCUCGCCAGGUCGUGUGUUGUCUGACAUGUCUUGUUUACGACUUUGUGUAGUAAGGUUUUCUGCAGCGCCUCUGGAGCAGAUUCAUGGUCGAAAGAGGGGAAGUUGAUUGUCAUUUUUGAGGUUGAGUGCUCUUCCCUUCGUAUAUGCCCCUCGUAAGUGAGAACUAAUGAGAUUGGUGCAGUCUCUGGGCCAUGGUAACACCUCUUUAUAGGCAUACAAGCUGCAGAAGUGAAGGGGGAAACCAUUAGGGACAUAGAGAUGAGGAUGACUUGUGAGGAAUAGACAUUUUGAUUAGGCGAAAUUAGUACCUGAAUUCUGCAGUCAGAAUUUAGUAUGCCAGAUCAUUUUUAGCUCUAAUUAGAAUAGUUUGGUAAGUGCUUCGGUUUUUGGGUGCCUACUUCCCAUUACUUCUGGUUAUUCAUGUGCAGAGUUUAAAGUAGUUUUAGAGCAACCUUGUGAUGAAAAGGAAAUGUGCGGAGUUCUUCUGUUAAUAAACUCUUGAAGUAUUG